AUGACUUUUUCUAAUGUUAUCACUUAUGAAAAACCUGAAGCUGAAGGAGAUACAGCAAUCACUCGAGAAUAUCAAAUGCAGCUUCGGGUGGAAUGUUGUUUAAACAAAUCAGAAACAGUUGAUGGGUCCUUCAAACCACGCCUUGGUAAGGUUGCCUUCAGCGACAAGAGCACUGGUAACUUCGAUCUAAAUCUGGCAAGGUUCAAGACAGAGAAUAUUCAGGAAGUUGACUCUAGCUCGGUGUCGCUAGGCCAAGAACUCUUCUUUGAAGUCAGUCUUAAAUCGGUAGAAAUCCCUGGUAUGUUCAUAGAGAGCUGUUGGGCUACAGCAACCGUGGACCCAGCGACAAAUCCACACCACUCUCUGAUUUCCUCAAGAUGCCCAGAAGAUCCAACAACGUCCAUCAAUAAUGACCUUGAUUUGGAUCGAGAAAGUUUUUCCUUUCAGGCAUUUGCAUUCACUGGUGACAAUCAAAACACCCAGGUAUACGUUCACUGUUUAGUGAUGGUAUGCGGUGCAGAGGAGGCUCGGUUGAAUCGAGACAUGGGCUGCCCCUCAAACGACGGUGAAGCUGCAUUUUGGAACUCAUCACCGGUUCGCAAACGACGAUCUACGUCAUCCCUUUCCACUCAAACGAUCAGUAGUGGUCCGAUUCGUAUCCGUAACCCUACCAGUGGCAUGGCAACUAAUGAUGUGUCUUUGUACAACCCGUUUGCGAUGCUCAUCCUUGGUAUCAGCGCCGCAGUGGUUGCCAUGCUUAUUCUGAUGGGUGUGGUCAAGCUAGUUGGUACCAACUUCAACUAUCACCGUGUGUCGACCGAGACCAUUUAAGAGUUCAGGUUGUUUAACGCUGUAAUAGUGAUUGCAUGAUCAAUAUCUGUAGUAACGAACAAGGGGAAUUCCUUCAAUUUUUUUAGAUUUAUCAAGAGGAGCUUUAUUUGUUUCCGAGUGAUAAUAAU